AUGUGGCUUUUUGUCCAAAUUUUGUUUUUGUUUUUCUUUUAUUAAUGACCAUAAUCAUUUAACAUAGCAACGUGUUCUUGUGAUUAAGCGCCGUUACCAUAGUAAUAAUGUCCAUCAUAAUAUAUGGAGUGACUCGCUAUUUGGCAACUCCAUAUUAUAGGAAACAUACAUCAAAUUAUCAGCAACUCGCUUCCCCAUCAUUGCUUCAAAAAUUUGGCAGAGAAAUAUUGUACUUUAAUGCACCUUAAACUAGGAGAGAUUUCACAUGUAAUAGUUCACCUGAAAUGGCCAAAGAGGUUAUGAAAACACAUGACUUCACCUUUUGUGAUAGACCAUCAUUGCUUUUGCUUUCGAUACUUACUUACAAUGGUUCAGACAUUGCCUUCUCUAAAUAUGGAGAAAAGUGGAGACAACUUCGAAAGAUGAUUGUUGUUGAGCUAUUAAAUGCAAAGCGUGUUCAAUCAUUUAGGUCCAUAAGAGAAGAAGAGGUGUCAGAUCUUGUUAAAUCAAUAUAUGAAUCUGAAGGCUCAGUUGUUAAUCUCACUAAAAUGAUUUACUCAAUGACAUAUGGAAUAACAGGGCGAGCAGCUUUUGGAAAAAAGAACCAACAACAACAAGUUUUCAUAUCAGCUUUUGAGAAAAUAUUGAUCAUAUUGGGAGGAUUUUGUAUUGCUGAUCUUUUUCCUUCUAUAAAAAUAUUGCUUGAAAGGGUGAGUAGUACAAAGACUAAAUUUGAAAAACUUUGUAGAGAGACUGAUGGAAUAUUGCAAGACAUCAUCAAUGAUCACAAAAACAGUGACAAAGAAGCAAGGGAUGAAGAUCUAGUAGAUGUUCUUCUCAAGCUUCAACAAGAAAAUAAACACUCGAAAAAUCCAUUGACCGAUGACAAUAUUAAAUCAGUCAUCCAGGCUGGUGACGCCUUAGACUGGUGGUGAUGCCUUAGACUGGUGGUGACGCCUUGUGGUGGUAGAGGCCCGGCUGGUGGUGGAGGCCAGGGAGAGGCCCGUGGUGGAGACCAUGGUGGAGGCCAGGGAGGGCCGGCUGGUGGUGGAGGUCAGGGAGAGGCCCGUGGUGGAGACCAUGGUGGAGGCCAGGGAGGGCCGGCUGGUGGUGGAGGUCAGGGCCCGGCUGGUGGUGGAGGCCAUGGAGGCCAUGGAGGCCCGGCUGGGUGGUGGAGGCCAGGGAGACCCGAAUGGUUAACAGGUUCACAGAAUUUAACUAUAUUGUCUUAAAUUUAUCAAAACCAAAUCUUAUUUAUAGGCAAUUUCUUGUCUCAUUUAACACUUAUAAUUAAUAGAAUAUAAUCUGAUUUCUAUUUUCAAA